CACGGCGCAACUGUGACAACAGCUCCCUUGACCAGUCGCCGCCCUUUUCCCCUUGGCCUUCGAUUGUACCGACGCGGGCGCUCAAUACAGCGAUCGACACGAUUCGCUCUCUUCGCCGCGCAAGUGCGCUUGAUUUGUGACGACGACGACGAGACACUGCUACUCAGACAGCGCGCCCGACUUUGAGUUUGCCCAGAGUUCAGUGCAGGACCGAUACGCAGAAACCAGCGCGCUACAGCCACCUAGCCAUCAUGGUUGGCAAAAAGUCUGGCAGAGCCCAGCUGAGGCAAGAAGGCCUCGAGCGAACGGACAACAACAUGGAGCUCUCGUCGUGGCCACAGGUGGGCAUGAUCAACCAGAAGAACUACUAUACGGAAUUCCUCAAGCGCGACGAGCAGUUCCUGGCUGUGCGAUUCCCCAAAGACGAAGAGCGCGCGCGCAUUGUACAAGAAGCUCGUGAUAAGGACCGCGCACGCGCAUUGGGCGUUCCACAGGCGGCAGAAGGCGCAACUCCACAGGCUGAAGACGCUGCUGAUGAAGUUGACGCCUCGUUGGAUUCUUCGCGCGCGGAUAUCUCUAGGCUUAUAGUUAUACACCCGGGCAGCCAGAACCUGAGAAUAGGGCUGGGCUCCGAUGCUCUGCCCAAGACAAUACCCAUGGUCAUUGCUCGGAGGUGGAAAGAGAGCGAGUGUGAGGAAGAUGGCGGAGAGCCCAGCCCUAAGCGCAUGAAGGUCGAGGGCGCAGUACCAGCAGACGCCCUCCCUGAGAAGUGGUUCGACGAAGACUUCGCCGAUCAGUACAUGGCCAUGUCAUCGGAGCUCAGGACAAGGAUGCGCUCCAACAAGCGCAGAGUGUUGCCCAAUUCCAAAGACCUCGUCACAAACUACAACCGCCGGACACCACCUGAGAUCAUCUCCGAGCACAACGACAUCAAUCGCAUCGAUUUCACAGAAAUCCCCUCGAACCCAAAGAAGGCACCGCAUUUCUUCACAGGCCAUGACGCGCUGCGUAUACCCGAGUUUUCGAACCCCCGUUACAAGCUGUUCUGGCCGUUACGCCACGGCACCUUCAAUGAAAGCGAGUAUCAAGAUCGCAACCAAAUCUACCACGACAUAUCCAAGAUUCUCGAAGAGGCAUUCAGAAAUCACCUCGGCAUCACUAAGAUGAAGGACCUGACUAACUACAAAUGCGUGCUUAUCAUACCAGACCUGUACGAACGCAAUUACGUUACAAUGAUGCUCGACAUCCUGAUACGAGACCUUGGGAUUGGGAAGGUAUGUUUGCAACAGGAGAGUCUGUCCAUAACGUUUGGAGCCGGACAAGAUAAGCUGUGUGUGGUCGAUAUUGGCGCCCAGAAGACUUCGAUCUGCUGCGUCGACGAGGGUCUUUGUGUGGAGGAGUCUCGCGUCCACUUGAAAAUGGGCGGCGCAGAUAUCACGGAAACUUUUAUUAAGAUGAUGCUGUACGGUCAUUUUCCAUACUCAGACAUCAACCUAAGGAGACGGUACGACUUUCUGCUCGCGGAGGAGCUGAAGCAGAAAUUCUGUUCGAUGGACGAGGGCUCUGUCAUGGUCCAGACGUGGGAUUUCCAUCUUCGGGCUUCGGGCCAAGAGACACGGAAGUAUACGUUUAAGACAUACGACGAGACAUUGCUCUCUGUUAUGGGCCUGCUCAAGCCCUCGAUAUUCGACAACUCGCGGAAGCUAGAAGGGCGCAGGACUGUCGUCCCCCGCUCCGUCGAUCUCUACGACAGCUCUCCCAACGACCCAAUCUCCGCGGCCCAACUUGUCGUCCUCGAGCUCGCAGCCGGCAGAUCUGGCCAAGCCUCGAUCAACGGCGCCCAGGAACCAAUUAUCGCUGCAACGCCCCAGAAACUGCCGCCCUUCACCCUCCUUGGUCGCCUCAACGAUAACGAAGCGACACCGCGCUCAUCUGUGGCAGGCUCUCCCGGCCCAGAAGGAGCAGGCACCCCGAACCCCGACCGCGAUACGCCCAUGGGCGACACAGACGCGCCUGCCCCCGGCCUCAUCUUCCGCGACCCCGUCCUCGAGAAAGUCAAGAUCGCCGAAGCACGCGACGCCAUCCUCCCCAUCAUGCCGUUGGAUGCCGCCAUUCUCGAGUCUCUUGCACAAGGUGGCCGUGGUGACGAGAAGAAAAUGCGCGACUUCGCUGGCGGUAUUGUACUUGUUGGUGGCGUGGGCAAGACGCCCGGCUUCCGCGAGUUCCUCGAGCAGCGCCUGCGCGAGCUGCGCCCUGGACUCGAGAUCUUGCUGCCCCCGCCUCCGAGAGAUCUCGAUCCGCAGGUUAUUGCGUGGAAGGGCGGGAGCGUGUUUGGCAGGCUGUCGAGUCACGGCAAUGACAGCUGGAUUAGCAAGUAUGAGCACGAUAUCUUGGGGAGCAGAUUGUUGAACAACAAGUGCAUGUUUGCUUGGUAGUGCGUUGAGAGGGUUUCGGGAAAGAGACGAGAGGUAUGAGCUCGGAGGAGUGGUCAUCAAUGCUAUGAACGCAGCUAGUCAUCAAGAUAGACGCUAAUACAUGGGACUGGGUCAUUUGAUUUGGACUGAGCCCAAGGUUAUCGCGGAGCGUAAGACAUAAGACUUCUAGCACAG